AUGGACUUCAUCCAGCAGUGUUUCGAGAAGGGAAUGUCCGAGGACGAGGUUUAUGACGCGCUGGAGCAGUACCAGGCCCCCUUGCGCGAGAUCAACGGUCUCGAGUCGAAAGGCGUUGUGGAGGAUGCCGUGACGAUGGCGGACAGGCGGGCCCGGGCCAAGAAGCUCUCGGAUGCCUCUGUGGCGAGCUACGACGCCGAAAAGUCCCGCUCCGCCUACAUGGACUCCCAGAACAAGGCAGCAGAAGCGCGCAACAAGAACCGCGUGGGAUCAGGCAUCUUCUGA